GGUUUCUCCUGUAGUACAGUGACGCAGAGCUCUUUGUCCACAUACGGAGAUAGACGCAAGUUUGGCUGAUCAUGUUUUUGUCGUGCCUGGGAAACUUGACGCUUUUGUACAAGUUCUACUGACGGCCAACGCUACUGUUGCUGGACACAGUGGACGCACCGCAGCUUAACUGUAAGUCGUCGGGUGUGUGUUUAGUUGUGUGGAAUAACAAAGGCAACGAUAAAGUUGGCGACGAGCUGGCGGCUAGUUGGGGCGCAUGCUAAAGUUAGUUAGCUCGCAAGAAAGAAGUUUGUUGGCUCCGCCGGUGUUGCUUGCUAGCGUCGAUGUUAGCAGCUAGCCUGUUCGUGUAAAUGCUGUUGCCUAGAAUGGACCUGUUGAACUCUCAGUACCUGGACAAGAUGAACAACAACAUCGGGAGACUGCACUUUGGAGAUGAGUCCAGGACACCCUCGCUGCCUUCUGCUAUAUCAAAUAUAAGCGGGCCGCCCCCUCUCUGCCCCAGUAAACGGAAGUACGGCGAUGAACAAACGAAGGACCAAAUGAAUUGUGACGACGACCACAUGACCAAAAUGAGCAGAUUGUUUGCAACUCACCUGGCUCGUCCCUCUGCUGGGGACAACCGCAAUGAACACUGGAGCCUGAGCCACAGUCCCGUGGAGCACAUCAGCUCUUCCUCCAACGGUCUCCAUGGGAACCAUCUGUACGCUUCCAUUUCAGGCUACGCUGUGGACCAGCCGCUGGCUCUGACCAAAAGCAGCCUUGACAAUGCAGUUGGGGGCAGCGAGAGGUCCGCUGUCAGUGCAGCUGUCGAGCGGCAGCAGGUACGAUGGUCAACAUGUCUUCCUUACUCACAAAAUCGCCCCUCUGUUAUUACCUGUGCUCCUGCAAGCAACCGCAAUUGUAAACUCUCUCACUGCCACAUGAAUGGCUGCUCUCCGAGCUCAACCUUUGAUGAGAGAAAGACCAACGCCAACACAGUUUGCGAUCCUGUGAUUGAAGAACAUUUCCGCCGGAGCCUCGGAAGAAACUACAAAGAAGCCGAGCCCUUGACCAACCCGGCGUCCAACUCCGUCUCCAUCACAGGCUCAGUGGAUGACCACUUUGCCAAGGCACUGGGAGACGCCUGGAUCCAGAUCAAGGCCAAAGGUGGGGGUCGCCAGACCCCAGAAGCAGAUUCAUGAAGAGGUGAAAAAAGGUUCCAACAAUCACUCGUGGAUGUCAUGUUCACUCUCUUUUCGAGCUGAGUAUCAAAUCUUGACAGCCAAGAACAAUAUAAGACAUGGUUUUCGCAUUACCGCGUCGAAGGUUCACCCCCCCAACGCUUGCCCUGCAACAAAACGUUUACCAGAAAAACAAUGGUGGCUAAAUUUACUCCAGGCAGUGUGGACAGAUUUUCACGUUGAUAAUGAGAAAAACAGAACAAACAAGAAACAAUUGUCCCUUUUUUCAUAGCUGAGGUUCCGUUUAUUUACCUGCCACCGCGGUAGCCAAAGAAACGUCUCCCUUGCCUUUCAGCACGCAAGCCGUACAUGUUUUAGCAAAAUGCGUUUAGAUUUCAGUUCGCGCCGCUUUUGUUUCUGUACUACUUGAAACUACGUUCCCCAUCUCAUUUGCACUAUUACAAAUCUAAUGGUUGAUGAAACAGGCUCCCAGUUUGUGAUUCGGAACCAGAUAAUCAAAUUGAGACUCCUUUCCCUUGCUUUCUUAAAUACACAAAAAUAAAGUAUUCGAAUCCUACAAGAUGUCUGUAACUUAAAAGCAUGUUUCAAAUAGCUGGAUUCUGUCACAAGCCUUGCUAAAUAUUUUCUCAGAAUUUAUUUUUUAUCUAACAUUGUAGAAAAUACUCACUGCUGGUCCAGUUGUACUCACUUUAUUUUUUUUGUAUCUGCUUGAGACAUCCUGGUAAGAGGUGUGCGUCUUAGCAUCCUCUUGAAACCGCAGCCUCUGGAAAGGUUGUCUGAACGCGGUUUGCUAGGCAACAUUGCUUCAUUACUCCACAUAGCUGGAAGCUCCAGCUUUGCAUGAGAUUGCAAGUGACUAAAACGGAGCUUCUGUUCUUGUUGACUGUAUUUCACAGCUGUCGAGCUCCAGUCCUUGAUGGCCGCAAUCCUGUAUCUUUUUGACGUUUCCGUCCUCCGCCAGACUGAAUUGAAAUGAUCAUGAUCGCUAUCAGGCUGCCGCAGAGCUCGCUGAAGUGUUGGAGGAAGGAAACACUGAAAACAAACAGGAUAGCGGCCCUCUCGGACCGGAGCUCGACAGCUAUGCUUUACUCAUUUUGGGCACGUUGGUUUCUUGACCUUUUUGAAAAACCACAUUCCCAAUUUAUUUUGAAUCCCAUCUCCAUUGACCAGGAAAAAAAACGAAUGCAGGCAUUUUCUUUUAAACAGAGCUGGAAAUGCAAAUGCAGUGUGGCGUGUGUAACUCACAAUUCGGCAACAGACCUGACAGAACCGUCACUUCCUACUCUCAAUAACCUACUGUUAGUGUUCUUGGUGGACUAAACGGACGAAAUGAGUCAUGGUUUGACCAAUUGUAAAGAUAUGGUCCUAAAGUUUUUGUUUUGUAGUUUGUUUUAAUUAAUCGUCUGACAUGAUCACACAAACUUAAUGUUUCCCAACACUUAUUGGCAGGGGAUUGUAAAUUUGAGUAAUUAUUAUUUGAUUUAACAAGAAACUGUAUAUAUCCUUUAAUGUUUAGUGAAUCCCCUUACAUUUGUAUUAAUCCACAUUUUGGAGCUGUUACACGUUUUCUUGUCUUCCUAUUUUACUGUACUCUUACGUGACCAUCAUUGCGCAGCGCGGAAUGAUCCUGUGUAUUUCGUUUGUAUUGCGUGAGGCAUAUUUGUAUGUAGCGUGGAAGUUCCCGAUUCUUUUCCCAUCCAAUUCAUCUUUUCUAUCCCUUGAUUCCUUUCCCCGCCGUGAAGAGAUGGUGCACGUGCAGGAACACAUCAGUCUUUUGCAUGAAGAGCUCGGCCAAGAUUCACAUGUCCGCGAGACCAGUUAAGAGUCUGACAUUUCUGUGCAUAAAUACAUUGGGCUGGAGGGAGGGAUUACCACCGACUUUGACUUGUUUGACACAAGCAGAUUUUUCACUCGCAUAUGUGCGGUAUCAGCCCGUUGGUAUUUAAUUCCUUUAUUUAGACAGACUGUAUCACAAAGACUUUUUACAAAAACCUACCGUGUCAUGUAUCGCCGCAUAGAUGAGGAAAAACGAUGCAUUUGUACACACGGUUCCGUAUUUCUCUGGAAGAAAAUGCCAGUGUUUUAUAUUCAAUGUCUUCCAAAUAAACACAGAAAAAUAAAAUGUAA